CCGACCGCGCCGCAUUAGAACUCGGGAGAACGGCCCACCCGAACCAGCAAACAAAGGAGCCCUUUUUUCCACCUGCCCCCUCGGUUUCGUCGCCGCGCCCGGCGAUCUCCGCGAGCAGCCACCGCCGCCGCCGACACCGCUGCGGAUCUCGCCGAGGAGUCCGGGAUCGGUCCCGCCGACCUGCUGGGGGCCGGCCAAGGGGACCUAUAAAGCGCGGCCCUUCGCGAGCUGCCGAGGCGCCAUUCUUCGAGGGUUCGGCAUCCUUGCUUCCCCAUAUGGCCGCUUCCACAUCUCAGCAUGCGCUCUCAUCCAUCAAAUUGCCGUCCACCGGCAGCUUCGGUCUUGAAAAGAGAACCUGCAACGUGCAUUAUGUCCCGGUAGGGCGUCGUUGCCUUGGUGCCCGGAAUUUGGGCUUAGUUUGUGCUUCAAACUCACAAUCAUCAGUGGUCGAGUCGAUUCAGCUACCAUCGAGCCCUAAAAGCGGCGCAACCCCAAAGAAAUCAAGUGAAAGUGCACUCAUACUGAUACGACAUGGUGAAUCAUUGUGGAAUGAGAAGAAUCUGUUUACUGGCUGUGUUGAUGUGCCCCUGACCCCAAAGGGUGUUGACGAGGCAAUUGAGGCGGGUAAAAGGAUAUGCAAUAUCCCUGUUGACAUAAUAUACACUUCGUCACUGAUUCGUGCUCAGAUGACGGCUAUGCUUGCCAUGAUGCAGCAUCGCCGUAAGAAGGUUCCAAUCGUUGUGCAUAAUGAGAGUGAACAAGCUCACAAGUGGAGUGAGAUAUACAGCGAAGAGACAAAGAAGCACUCCAUUCCUGUCAUAACAGCUUGGCAGUUGAAUGAACGAAUGUAUGGUGAACUGCAAGGUCUCAACAAGCAAGAAACUGCUGAUCGGUUCGGCAAAGAACAAGUUCAUGAAUGGCGUCGCAGUUAUGACAUUCCUCCACCAAAGGGCGAGAGCCUUGAAAUGUGUGCGGAGAGAGCAGUUGCUUAUUUCAAAGAACAAAUUGUACCUCAACUUGUGGCUGGAAAGCAUGUGAUGAUUGCUGCCCAUGGGAAUUCACUUAGGUCGAUUAUAAUGCAUUUGGACGAGUUGACUUCUCAAGAGGUAAUCAGCCUUGAGCUGUCUACUGGCAUUCCUAUGCUGUAUAUAUUUAAGGAAGGGAAAUUUAUCAGGCGAGGAAGUCCUGCAGGACCGUCUGAGGCAGGCGUCUAUGCUUAUACCAAGAAUUUGGCUCAGUACAGACAGAAGCUUGACAACAUGAUUCAGUAAUAAUCUGUUGGCUUCAUUUUCUACUAGCCGCUAAGACACUCAUCCGUCGAACAUGCUUUUGGUCCCAGAAGAAGUGGUUAAGUUCAUACUACUCAGCGUUAGGAAUCUUGAGAUCUACGAGUAGUUACAGUUUGUAUCCGUCUUGUUUAUUUCUUUUGAAACCACGCAGCUAGUGGCAGUAAAAUAUAGGGAUGAUUUAGUUUAUUACCUGCGAGAUACAAAUGGAGGCAAAUUAUGAUCACCAUUGUAUUCUCAUUUUUGUGUUCCCCAUUCAUGAGAUGGAGAUCUUUAUAAUGGUGCAGUAGUGAAAACUUUUAGUGGGUUAUCUGAAAUGAAACGGUGUUAUCAAA